GGUAAUUCACCGUCCGUGGUGCAGCAACAUGAGCGUCUGCGGUACCGUUCGCUGAGAAAACGCGCGACGUGACAAAAUUCCAUUGCCGUGAAAUCGCGUGCGAUCGUACGUGUCAGCGGGUCGGCGCGGCGUUCGCGUGUUCCUCGCGCGUGUGUCAAAACAGUGUCGGUGUGCCUGAUUGCGUUUCGCACACGUGGGAUACGCGGUGCACCUCGACCGCGGGGUUAGUUUUCGCCGGAUUCCACGAAGGAAGGAUAUACCCACCAGCGAACCAGUCGGCGGCCCUCCCCUUCUUCCCCGAUCGGUCGCCGUCGUGCCGAGGAAUUGCUUUCGGUGAAAGGGAUUUCUCGACUUAGGCUAAGAUGUCACAUCACAGCGACGACAACAUGCUGAUAGCAACAUCGGACUCCUUCUGGGAGCCGGGUAACUACAAGCGAACGACGAGAAGGAUCGAGGACGGUCACAAGCUCUGCGACAGUCUGAUAGCCCUAGUCCAGGAACGGGCGGAGAUAGAGAAGAACUACGCCAAGGCGCUCAAAAACUGGUCUAAGAAUUGGAACGACAAGAUCGAGAAGGGACCCGAGUAUGGCACAACCGAGGCGGCGUGGAAGGGCGUCCUAGUAGAGUCCGACAGGCUCUGCGAUCUUCAUCUCAGGGUCAAAGAGAACCUCUGCAACGACAUAGUUCAGCAAGUCAAGACGUGGCAGAAGGAUACGUAUCACAAGUCGAUGAUGACCCUGAAGGAGCGCAAGGAAAUGGAGGACUCGUUUAAGAAGGCACAGAAACCAUGGGCGAAACUUCUGCAGAAGGUCGAGAAGGCGAAGUCGGAGUAUCACAACAGCUGUAAGACCGAGCGGACCGCGACGAACAUGGAGAGGAACGCCUCGGCGGAUAGUUCUCUUUCGCCGGAUCAGAUGACAGAUUGUGGAUGUGGUGCAUGGAGCCUCAGAAUACCAAAAAACCUUAGGAAUAAUAAAAUAGGCGACGUUCAGUUUGUAAAGAAAAUGCAGGACCGAGUGCAAAAAACGAAGGAGGAGGUGCUAAAGGCGAAGGAGAAGUACGAGGCGGCCCUUCAAGAAAUCAAUCAGUACAAUCCAAAGUACAUGGAGGACAUGACGCAGGUGUUCGAGAAGUGCCAGGAGAUGGAGGCGCAGCGACUACAGUUCUUCAAAGAGGUUCUCUUCGGUAUUCACAAGUGUCUGAACGUAUCGCAGGACCCAGUGCUUCCACAAAUAUACGAGGAAUUCUAUCACACGAUAAAUAACGCCGACCACGAAAAAGACCUCAAAUGGUGGUCUAAUAACCACGGCGUCAAUAUGGCUAUGAAUUGGCCGCAGUUCGAAGACUACACAGAGGAGUUCCGCGAGAUCACGAAGGGCUCGAAGUUGAAGGAAGCGCUCCCGGCAGGCUCCAUCACUCUCAUCAAUCAACGCCCAGUCGGCGAGGAUCUGCAUGAACUUCCACCGGUUAAUAAUAAAUCAAAAUCUAAAUCCGCCGGCCGAGUGAUAUCAGUGGACGGAAAUCACGGAGAUAGCAAAACGGACACCAUAAGCUCCAACAAGCAGUCCCCGGAGAAAAACGAGACCGACAACGUCAGCAGGACUCCGACUAUCACUAACGGCACCAACGCCAAACAAGAGUCAAACCCGUUCGAAGAGGAGGAAUGGGACGAGGACGGUGGUGAACCGUUGGUCGACAAUGGGGAACCCGGUGUUCCCGUGCGAGCCUUGUACGAUUACGAGGGAGCCGAAGCGGACGAGCUCAGUUUCAAGCAAGGAGACGUAUUCGAGAAACUGGAAGACGAAGACGAACAAGGAUGGUGUAAAGGAAGGAAGGACGGCAAAGUAGGCCUCUAUCCGGCGAAUUAUGUAGGCUUGGUGUCGCCAUAGAUUAACUAAUGCAAAGCCAAAUCCACAAGUUAGUUACUUAAACGUGUAAUCUCCGCAAAAAACAAAAUUGCGUUUCGUUUUUCUCGCUGUUUGUUUGUGCGAGAUUCGCGGCUGCGUCAGUUUCACGGCGCUCUGUAGGAGAACGUGGCUUGUUGACGAAUGAAUCUGAACGAAGGCCCGAGUUAAAACAUAGUUUCUGAAAUCUGACACAUUUAGGAAAAGCGCAAACUGAUCGUCUGCAUUUACUGAAUUGUAUAAAUGAGAAGUGGCGGUUCCAUUUUGAGAUCUUUCCUCCGCGACUAGCGGGAUUUAAACGAACGGUUUCUCCACACGAAGAUACACCACUCACUCAGAAUGAAAAUUUGUUUUUAGAUAGCUAGGUUAGUUAAAAAUCCUUGACUAGUUAGUCUCUAUAGGUAAACAUGGAUUACACGUGCAUGCCGUGCGUAUAGCGAGUUUAGAAUAUUGAAAUAUUGUAUGUUUUACGACUCAUUGUUGUAACAAAAAAGAAUCUUUUGGUUGAGACACGACGAGAGUUCUAUUUAAUUUAUUGUUAUUGAAAGAAAAAGUACUCUAUUAAAAACUAAUGUCUAUAUAAAUGGUGUCAUUGUACAUAAUAGAUGUAAGAAUCUAGAAAUACGUGAAACUAUUGUCAUUUAACAAAAAUUUAAAGUAUUACAAUAUAUUUGAAGUAUGUCAAACAGCACGUCUUUAAAUUGUCAUAAAUUUAAUAUAAAAAGAAAUUCGGGACCCAGAAAUCAAUAAUCGUUCCAUUUGUUAAUUAAAUCUUAUAGUCGAGAUAAUAAUUUGAUGAAAAAUAUGAAUUAUCAAUAUGUUGUAGAAUAAUGUAGAAGAAAAAUCUAAAGUAUAUUUCAUCUAAAGUAUAUUUUCAUCCGAGUAUAUACAUAUAUAUAUAUAUAUAUAUAUACAUACAUAUAUAAACUUGUUUUGAUAUAAAUCCGAUAUAAGAGAAUCGUUUUUGAAAAAAAAUUUUUCUAUUUGAUUGCUUAUUUUUGUUUCAAAAGAUCCUCAUAUAUUUCGGAAUUCAUUAUAAUCGAAAAAAAUAAAGAUAUCUCGUAUUAUAAUCGUUAUUUUUUAAUUAGUAUAAUAUCUUAUAAUACCAAAUAUACCACACAUGUAUUGAACGAAAUGAAUUUUGCCUGAAACCAAGUGUAUGAAAUUUUAGAGUUGGUAUGAAUUGUGUAAAAAAAAAAAACAUUAAUAUGUAGCUAACAUGUUUAUUUUCAAGGAAUUUUUUUCGUAAAAAAAUCUCUGAGUUAUCUAAUGUUAGCUGCAAAGUCAUAAGGAGGUUCGAUUUAUGAUUAUUGAUAUAGAUAUUGAAAAGAAACAAAGUAUUCGUUACGAAUACAUUGUGUCUAUGUACACAGUAUUUAUGUAAAUAUCAUAUAGAAUAUAUAGUAAAAUUAUAAA